GGUGCUUGUGCUGCCGGGGAUCGAACCCAGGACCUCAUGCUCGGGAGUCCAGUCUUUACCCACUGCGCUGCCACUUCCUGGACCACCGCCUGAUAAGUCACCGCGGCCGCUCCACGUGGUGCCGCAGGACAGGGACUGUGGCUUCCUUGGCGGCUUGUGGCCGCCUGUGACUGUGGCGGUGUUGCCGCGAAGAUGGAGUUUUGACGGUGAACUCAGAGAACACGAACUAUGCCUGCCUGGCCCCCAGCCUCCACAAAUGUGACCUGUGCUUGCUGUCCUUCCCCAAAGAGUCCCAGUUUCAGCGCCACAUGAGGGACCACGAGAGGAACGACAAGCCCCACCGCUGUGACCGGUGCCCCCAGACCUUCAACGUGGAGUUCAACCUGACGCUGCACAAGUGCACGCACAAUGGAGAGCCGCCCGCCUGCCCCGUGUGCCACAGGACCUUCUCCCGCGCCGCCAGCCUCCGCGCCCACGUCAUGCUGCACGAGAAGGAGGAGACCCUCAUCUGCUCUGAGUGCGGGGACGAGUUCUCGCUGCAGAGCCAGCUGGCGGCGCACAUGGCGGAGCACAGGCAGGAGCUGAGCGCCCCGCGGCCCCACUGCUGCAGGGCCUGUCGCCAGGAGCUGGGCAGCGCGGCGCAGCUGAGGGAGCACCUCAGGACACACUACAAGAUGAGGGUGUCGGGCACCCGCUCCUACAGCCGCAACGUGGACCGCAGCAGCUUCACCUACUCCUGCCCGCACUGCGGAAAGACCUUCCAGAAGCCCAGCCAGCUCACGCGUCAUAUCCGCAUCCACACAGGAGAGAGGCCUUUCAAAUGCAGCCAGUGCGGGAAGGCCUUCAACCAGAAGGGGGCGCUGCAGACACACAUGGUCAAGCACACCGGGGAGAAGCCUCACGCCUGCGCCUUCUGCCCGGCCGCCUUCUCGCAGAAGGGCAACCUGCAGUCCCACGUGCAGAGGGUGCACUCCGAGGUCAAGCACGGCCCCACCUACAACUGCAGGGAGUGCAGCUGCGUGUUCAAGAGCCUGGGCAGCCUCAACACGCACAUCAGCAAGAUGCACAUGGGGGCCCCGCAGGGGCCGGGGGCUGCGGCCGAGCCCGCCCACGUGCUCACAGCCACGCUGUUCCAGACGCUGCCUCUGCAGCCGCCCGAGACCCCCAGUGCGGACCCCACGCCACCGAGUGGCCCGCCCGUGAGCGAGGUCAUCCAGCAGCUGCUCGAGCUGGCUGAGCCGGGGCCCGCGGAGGCCACCCAGGGGCCCAGCCUCACUGUGGGCGUCAGUCCCGACAUCCUGCAGCAAGCCUUAGAAAACAGUGGGCUGUCUUCAAUUCCAGUGGCCGCGCCCACAACCGACUCCAGCCGCGCCAAGGCCCCCAGCUCACAGCUGCCCAGCUCAGGGGACGAGCCCCCCAACCCCGCGGCCGAGCCCGCUGGUGAGCAGGACAGCCCCGAGAGGUCGGACCACAGGGACAGGAAGGCCCUCAGGAAGAAGUCGCCCUUCUUGCCCGGCGCGGUGCGCGAGGAGAACGGCGUGCGCUGGCACGUGUGCCCGUACUGCGCCAAGGAGUUCCGCAAGCCCAGCGACCUGGUGCGGCACGUCCGCAUCCACACGCACGAGAAGCCCUUCAGGUGCCCGCAGUGCUUCCGCGCCUUCGCCGUCAAGAGCACGCUGACCGCGCACAUCAAGACGCACAGCGGCGUCAAGGCCUUCCAGUGCCAGCACUGCAUGAAGAGCUUCUCCACCUCGGGCAGCCUCAAGGUCCACCUGCGUCUGCACACCGGGGUCCGACCCUUCGCUUGUCCUCACUGUGACAAGAAGUUCCGGACCUCGGGCCACCGGAAGACGCACAUUGCCUCCCACUUCAAACACACGGGACCGCGGAAGAUGCGGCACCAGCGGAAGCCGGCGCGGGUGCGAGCGGGCAAGGCCGGCGAACCGGCGCCCGACAUCCCCCUGCAGGAGCCCAUCCUCAUCACCGACAUGGGCCUGAUCCAGCCGAUCCCCAGAAACCAGUUCCUGCAGACCUACCUCAGCAGCGGCUGUGGGAACGAGGCCGAGAGACCCUACAAGUGCUUCUACUGCCACCGCGCCUACAAGAAGUCCUGCCACCUCAAGCAGCACAUCCGGUCGCACACGGGCGAGAAGCCCUUCAAGUGUUCGCAGUGCGGCCGGGGCUUCGUAUCCGCGGGGGUGCUGAAGGCGCACGUGCGCACCCACUCGGGCCUCAAGUCGUUCAAGUGCGUCCUGUGCGGCGGGGCCUUCACCACGGGCGGCAGCCUGCGGCGACACAUGGCCGUCCACAACGACCUGCGGCCCUACAUGUGCCCCUACUGCCAGAAGACCUUCAAGACCUCGCUCAGCUGCAAGAAGCACAUGAAGACACACAGGUACGAGCUGGCUCAGCAGCUGCAGCGGCCCCAGGCGGCGGCCCCCCAGGUGCAGGUGGAGCUGGAGGCCCCCGAGCUGCCCGCCCCCGCGGCCGCCGUGACGGGACCCGGACCCGGGGCCGCACUGGACCUGCCCCCCCAGCACGCGGCGAGCGCCCCGGAUUCCGCGCUGCCGGACCCGCCUCUGGAGCCCGAGGGAGACAGGUUCGUGGCCCCCCAGGACCCCCCACAGGAGCGGGCGGAAGAGCCCUUUGCAGAGCCGCCCCCCGCGGCCCCCGCCUUUGAGCCCUCAGUGCUGUCCCAAGGCUUCUCCGUGGCCGACGGCCUGGGCGCGCAGCCUCAGUUCCUGCCGGUCCAGCAGCUGCAGGCGUCCAGUUCGCUCGAGUCGCAGGCCCUGGCCGCCAGCUUCCACCCACAGGCCCUGCUCCCGGGGGCCGGCGCCGACGCCCCGGGCGUGGCCCCCCGGCUGCUCCCGGAGCCUGGCCCGGACGGCUUGGAGCUACAGCCCCGCGGUGCCCUGCUGGAGACCCCCGAGGACCAGAGCCGGCGCUCCUACAGGUGUGAGUACUGCAGCAAGGGCUUCAAGAAGUCCAGCCACCUGAAGCAGCACGUGCGCUCGCACACCGGGGAGAAGCCCUACAAAUGCAAGCUGUGCGGCCGCGGGUUCGUGUCCUCUGGCGUCCUCAAGUCCCACGAGAAGACUCACACGGGCGUCAAGGCCUUCAGCUGCAGCGUGUGCAACACAGCCUUCACCACCAACGGCAGCCUGACUCGCCACAUGGCCGCCCACGUCAGCCUCCGGCCCUACAAGUGCCCUUCCUGCGAGCAGGCCUUCCGCUCCGGCCUGCACUGCAAGAAGCACACGAGACACCACCGGCCCCCGUGCUCGCCCGCCGACCCCGCACGGGCUCCCGCCGCAGAGGCCUGCGUGGAGGAGGAGGAGGAGGAGGGCUCGGAGCGGGCAGGGCCCCGCAAGGCUCGCCCCGAGGUCAUCACCUUCACGGACGAGGAGACGGCGCGGCUGGCGCGCAUCGGGCCGCGGGAGAGCGCCACGGUGUCGGAGCAGGUGCUGGUGCAGUCGGCGGCCGAGAGGGACCGCGUCAGCGAGCUCCGCGACCCGCGGGCCGAGCUGGAGGCCGAGCCCAAGUACGCUAACCGCUGCUCCUACUGCCCCAAGAGCUUCAAGAAGCCCAGCGACCUGGUGAGGCACGUGAGGAUCCACACUGGCGAGAAGCCCUAUAAGUGCGAGGAGUGUGGGAAGAGCUUCACCGUGAAGUCCACCCUCGACUGCCACGUGAAGACACACACAGGCCAGAAGCUGUUCAGCUGCCACGUGUGCAGCAACGCCUUCUCCACCAAAGGCAGCCUGAAGGUGCACAUGCGCCUGCACACGGGCGCCAAGCCCUUCAAGUGCCCGCACUGUGAGCUGCGGUUCCGCACCUCCGGCCGCCGCAAGGCCCACAUGCAGCUGCACUACAAGCCCGACCCCCGCAAGGCCCGCCGGCCCCCCGCCGCCCGCGGCCCCCCGGAAACGCCCCCCGCGGCCCCCGCACCCUCCGACCCCGGCGUCUUCAUCAUGAAUGGCUCGGUGCUGGCCGGCCCGCUGGACCAGGCGCUGCUGCAGCCCGGGCUGGUGGGCCAAGCCCUGAUUCCCACCUCCGUGGCAGCCGGGGGGGACUGGACGGUGUCCCUGACUGACAGCAGCCUGGCCGCGCUCGAGGGCAUCCAGGUGCAGCUGGCCGCCAACCUGCUGGGGCCCAACGUGCAGCUCUCGGGCCUGGACACGGCCAGCGUCAGCAACAUCACCUUACAGAUCGACCCCAGCCUCCUGCAGCAGGGUGGACUCCUGGCCCAGCAGCUGAGCGGGGAGUCCAGCCUGACCACCCCAGGGGCCCCCCUGCAACCGGCCGACAGCGCCACCCCUGCCAGCGUGGUCCUGCAGCCCAUCCCCGGCCUCGCCCUGCAGCCCAGCGUGUCCUCUGCCAACCUGGCCAUCAGCCCGCUGGCCGAGCCGGACCCCGCGCUGACCUCAAGCGGUGGGACCCAGGACCUCAUGCAGACCAUGGUGGCUCCGGGCCUGGUGUCCCCCCCUGGAGGCCCCCCUGAGAUCACGCUGACCAUCAACGACUCCAGCCUCAGCCAGGUGCUGGCCCAGGCGGGGCCCGCGGCCGCCCCCCCAGCAGGGUCCCCCCAGGAGAUCACACUAACCAUCUCAGACCUCAGCACCCCUGCCGGCAGCCUCCCGCCCUCAACCCCCAUGUCCCCAACGGCGCUGUCUGCCCAGAACCUGGUGAUGUCCUCAGGCGUGGCGGGGGACGCUAGCGUGACCCUCACCCUGGCCGACACGCAGGGCCUGCUCUCAGGGGGCCUGGACACCGUCACGCUCAACAUCACCCCCCAGGGCCAGCAGUUCCCGGCCCUGCUCGCUGACCCCUCGCUCUCCGGGACGGGGGGCGCCGGGCCCCCCCAGGUCAUCCUGGUCACGGACGUGGGGGCCAGCCUGGGCUCAGGGGACAAGGAGGGUCGGCCGCACCCCUGCGGGGAGUGUGGGCGCCAGCUGGCCUCGGCAGCCCAGCUGCAGCAGCACCGCAGAGAGGCGCAUGGGGGCCAGCGCAGCCACGUGUGUGGGCUCUGCCGCAAGGCCUUCAAGCGCGCCACACACCUCAAGGAGCACAUGCAGACUCACCAGGCCGGGCCAUCCCUCAGCUCCCAGAAGCCCCGUGUGUUCAAGUGCAACACCUGUGAGAAGGCCUUCGCCAAGCCCAGCCAGCUGGAGCGUCACGGCCGCAUCCACACGGGCGAGCGGCCCUUCCAGUGCGCCCUGUGCGAGAAGGCCUUCAACCAGAAGAGCGCACUGCAGGUGCACAUGAAGAAGCACUCGGGCGAGCGGCCCCACAGGUGCGCCUACUGCGCGCUGGGCUUCACGCAGAAGAGCAACAUGAAGCUGCACGUGAAGCGCGCGCACGGCCACGCGGGGAGCCUCCCGGAGCCCCUGACCGCUGACUGCGCCCCUGAGCCGGCUGAGGAGCUGGGCCGCUCUCUGCAGCAGCUGGAGGAGGUGGUCCGGGAGGCAGCUGGGGACUGGCAGGCCCUCGCCAGUGUGUUCUGACCCCGGACCUGAGACCAGCCGGCCUGGGGGCCCCAGGCAUGGCACCCUGGGCAUCCAUGGAACCCCCAUCUCAGAGCCUCAGAGGAGCACCCAGCUCAGCACCCACCCGGCCACCCCAGGGUGCCAGCACGGACCUGGGAGGCAGCGGGGCCCUGCCCAGGGCAUGGGGGGGCCAGCGGUCGUGGUGGAGGGCAGAGGUCACAGCUGGCCUCAACACGGGCCCCCCACAUGCCCCCACAGACCCUGAGAGGUGGUGGGCCCAGCCCUCCCCUGAGGCCCCAGGGUGCCCUGGCCAGUGGGUUGGCCCUGCCACCCCAGCAUAAGCCAUAGCGCCCCGCGGAAGCCCCCCCCCCAAGCAGGGGACCGUCACUUCAGGGAGCCGCGGCCUCAUCCAUGGUGCCACCCCCCCAGCAUUCCAAAGAUGGACAUCACCCACUUCCCACAGCCCCUCCCUCUCUUUGGGGGAGUCUCCACACAGGGUCCCCCCCGGCCCUGCUGUCACCUUGUAAAUAGAGCCCCCCCCCCCACCGUCAGUAUUGACCCUUAGUCAGGAGCGGGCAGCAUGCCCUCGUCACAGAAGCUGGGGUCCCCUCCCUGGGAGAAUAAUUGCCUUGGCUGUCCCUGUUACCCCCUGGCCUGGGAAGAGGCGUUUUUACUCCACACGUCCUUCCGACUUGGGACGCACAGAGCCUGCGGGGUCCUUUCCGAUCCCUGGGGACGGACGUUUCACUGUUACUAUUAUCAUUUUCUUUGAAAGGGCAUCUUCUGAUUCUGUUUUUAUUCUGUUGUCGUUAGCUUUUCGCAUUUGUAUGAUAUAUAAGUAACAUUGGUGGUGAUACACAGACUUUUGUUAUGUGAGAAUAUUUAAGUCCGAAAACUGUUGAAUAAUACCACCCUUUUUUCCAAA